UUUAUUUAGUUGAGCGUAGGUUACGAUCUCGCAGUUGGAAUCCGGGACACACUUGGACAGCUUCCGGAUUCUUCGAUUGUUCUUGCAUCGAAGUUCGAAAACUCCAACCUUUUUUAAUGUCUGUCUGGUCUGGACUGAAGUGGGUAGCUCCAAUUUCUAGCCGAUGGGUUACCAUUUUCUAAAACACUGCGCCUUCCUACUUUGCAAUCACUUCAUUUCAAAUCAAGCAUCAUCAAAAUCAAUGGGCGAAUUUUGCUUUCCCUCCCAAAUUUUGAUUUUUCAUGUUUUUAAGUUUUAACCCACACUUAAAGCAAAAAAACAGCCCUAACCCUAAUUCUACCAUACAUAUUAAUUUUGAAACUUUCUAUUAUUGGCUGUUGGCGCCAGUUUUCUGAGCUCUACAGUACUCGAUCAUCCUUUUUAUUACUAAAAUAUCUUACUUUAUUUAGAAACUCACAUAAGAAGGAAAAAAAAAGGGAUGUUCUUAGUUCUCUUUCUCUUUCUUAAGGACUCUCGUUGGUGAUUGAGGCUUAAUCUUGUUCUUAUAAUUUUAAAGAAGAUCAUUUUGUUUGUGGAUGGCACGCCCAAGGAAGAGGUUGAAGCCGGAGAGAGCGCCCGGCAUCUGCGAAGGAGUGCCGCAAACCGAUGGUGAAGUUAUGGGAAGUAAAGAAAAUUGCGCUGAUGCGGAGGACCAAGUUGAAGGGAUAAAUGGGAAGGGACAAGAGGAGCAUGACAGUGAAAUGGAUGGGGACAAAGCAGGGGAAGUAGAAGGAAAAGAGGAGGGGAUUGAAAGGAAGGAUGAGAAAUGUGGGGAUUUAGAAGGGGAUGAGGAAGGGGUUGCUUUAAAGAAGCCUACUAAAAGAGGUAGACAGAUAAAGCAAGCGACUGUUUCUUUAAAAAGGGGCACAAUGGAGAUUGUGAAAGAGGAAAAUGUUGAGGGAAAUUCGGAUUUUGUGGCUGAAAAAAAGGAAGAAGUUGGAGAGAAAUUGGAGGAAAAUGGGAUUCAACCGAAAGGUGGAAAAAGGCUGAGUUUUGUUGAGAAUCUAGAGAUAGCAAAUGGAGAAGAUGGAGCUAGUAUCAAAGAGGAAGUUGAUUGGGGUGCUGAUGGUAAUGGGCAAGGAAAUAGUGGGGAUGUUUUGAAGAGGAGAUUGAGAGCAGUUGCUAAGAAGGUUAGUUAUGCUGAGGUUCAAGAAUCUGAAGAUGAAGGGUUUUCGGCAAAGAAGCGUAGUCGAAAGGGUAGGCAGAAGGAGAAAGUUCUUAAAUCUGAAGGUCAAGAAUAUGGUAAUAAUGAGAACGAAGAUAUUGAAAUACCUACAAAGCAGAGAGGAAGAAGGGGUAGGCAAAAGAGAAAAGUCUCCGAAAGUGAAGACAAUGAAGGGAAAGAUGUAAAGGAGGAGGGGGGUAAAGUAGAGCAAGGCGGUGAUUUAGGGGUAGAUGAUGGAAAGGAGAGGAGUCGAAGAGGGGCAAAGAAGGAUGGAAAGAAGAUGGAUAAAGAAGUUUUAGGAAAUGGGAAAAGUCUGGAAAAACAAGAGGAGGAGUCUUUGGGAAUGAACACUGAACCAAAAUAUUCGCUUAGGGCCUCGAGAGUUUGCAAGACAAGAGAAGAGCCUGUGCCAUAUUCAAAGAAGCGAAAUUUUGCUAAGUGGAUUGCAGACGAAUCAUUAAUGUGCCAUCAGUGCCAGAGGAAUGAUAAAGGCAGGGUUGUGAGGUGCAAACUUUGCAAGAGGAAACGAUAUUGCAUCCCCUGCUUAACCAAUUGGUAUCCCAAGAUGUCAGAGGAUGCUAUUGCUGCUGCCUGCCCAGUUUGUCGGGAUAAUUGCAAUUGCAAGGCAUGCUUGCGCAUGACUGGACUUCUCAAUAAAUUGGGAAAGACACUAAAGUUGGAGUUCAGUGAUGAUGAAAAGGUUCAGCACUCUAGAUACUUGCUUCAGGCACUUCUUCCGUACAUUAAACAAUUUAGUCAAGAGCAAAUGAAAGAGAAGGUCAUUGAGUCAAAAAUUCAAGGGAUGCUCCCAGAACAAAUACAGCUUAAGCAGGCAGUUUGUCUUGAAGAUGAGCGUGUAUAUUGUAACAACUGCAGAACUUCAAUUGUCGACUUUCAUAGAAGUUGUUCUAAUUGUAACUAUGAUCUCUGCCUUACAUGUUGCCGUGAAAUCCGCGAUGGACAUUUGCAGGGUGGACAAAAGGAAGUAAUUAUGGAAUAUGCUGAUAGGGGUUUUUCUUACUUGCAUGGAGCACUUCAGUGCUCUAUGUCUUCAGAAGUUGGGAAGUCUUUAGAUUCCUCUGAGGAAACUAAUUCUAAAGAACAUAAAGCUGCAACUUCUAGGUGGAAGGAAAAUGAAAAUGGUAGCAUUCCUUGUGCCCCGAAGGAUUUGGAUGGGUGUGGUAAUGGCCUUUUGGAGUUAAGGUGUAUGUUUACAGAAAAUGCUAUUUUUGAGUUAACAGAAAAGGCUGAGAAAAUAGCCAAAGCUCUCAAUCUUGAGAAUGUUCUUGAAUUUUCUAACCAACAGUGCCCUUGUUACAAUUCAAUGGGAGAAGUUCGCACUGGCAAUGGUAAGUUAAGGAAAGCAGCUUUUCGUGAAGAUGCCACUGACAAUUAUUUAUAUUGUCCAAAAGCUAAAGAUAUUCAAACUGGUGAUUUGAAACAUUUCCAAAGGCACUGGGCUAAUGGUGAGCCUGUUAUUGUCAGUGAUGUACUUGAGAAUACAUCUGGUUUGAGUUGGGAGCCAAUGGUUAUGUGGCGUGCUUUUCGUCAGAUUACACAUACUAAACAUGACCAACAAUUGGAAGUUAAGGCCAUUGAUUGCUUAGAUUGGUCUGAGGUGAUGGUCAAUAUUCACCAAUUCUUUAAAGGGUAUACAGAUGGUCGAUUUGAUAUACAAUCAUGGCCGCAGAUACUGAAGCUGAAAGAUUGGCCUCCCUCUAAUGAAUUUGAGAAGCUCCUUCCACGUCAUCAUGUGGAGUUUCUUCGUUGUUUGCCUUUUAAGGAAUAUACCCAUUCUCUAAGUGGCAUUCUUAAUAUGGCUACCAAAUUACCAGAGAAAUCUUUAAAGCCAGAUAUGGGCCCAAAGUCAUAUAUUGCUUAUGGAGUUUCUCAAGAGCUUGGGCGUGGAGACUCUGUAACCAGGCUUCAUUGUGAUAUGUCUGAUGCGGUGAAUGUUUUGACACACACUGCUGAGCUGAAGCUUACACCUGAAGAGCUUGCUAGCAUUGACAAUUUAAAACAACGGCACCAUCUGCAAGACCAGUGGGAACUUUUUGGAAUGGGUUCGAAGGUUGGCAGGAAUAUGCCUGGUGAUGGUUCUUUUGACAUCUCUAUUUGCGACAAGCAGUCUAGUGAUAGAAGUGGUGAUCAAGAAGGUGAUGCUAUUGUCCAACAAGAUUGUCAAGAUGGUUAUUCUAGCCUGGAUGGCAAUAAUGUGGUGAGAGAAUUUGAAAUGGAAAAGAGUGGGAAGGCAAAAGUGGAUCAAGAAAUAUGCGUGGAGAAUGGCAGAUUGUAUGAACUUUCUAGGAAUAAGAUUGAAGAAUUGGAAGCUGUUGAGGGAGGUGCUAUCUGGGACAUUUUCCGGAGGCAAGAUGUUCCCAAGCUGCAGGAUUACCUUAAAGAGCAUUUCAGGGAGUUUAGAUAUGUUCAUUGUUGCCCAGUAUCACAGGUUUUUCAUCCAAUACAUGAUCAGACCUUUUUUCUGACUCUGGAUCAUAAGGCAAAGCUUAAGAAGGAAUAUGGAAUUGAACCGUGGACUUUUGUUCAGAAACUUGGGGAGGCUGUUUUUAUACCUGCAGGUUGUCCUCAUCAAGUCCGGAACAUUAAGUCAUGCACAAAGGUUGCACUUGAUUUUGUUUCACCUGAAAAUGUUGGUGAGUGUGUUCGCUUGACAGAAGAAUUUCGUGUACUUCCUCAAGAUCAUAGGGCAAGAGAGGAUAAAUUGGAGGUGAAGAAAAUGACUGUUCAUGCAAUCCGUGAGGCUGUGAAUUACUUGGAUCCAAAUGCAAAGUGAGGCACUAAAGAUGCUUGUGUCUGGUGUUUGAUUCUGAACUUUAGUACCAGAUUGAGCUUGCUAAUAAAGUCGAAUGAGUUGCAACUUUGUUCCUGCUUCUUAGCUGGAGGUUACACUUGCAAAGUGGGCAGAUCUUUUGGAGCUCCAUUUCUUAGAACAUGACUUUGUUUAUCUACAGCAUCUAGUAAGAGGUAGGACAUGGCUUAUAACCAAGAAGAAGAUGUAGAACAUAGCAACUAUCUUCCUGUUUCUGUAUAUAUUCCCCUAAAUCUUGCUUGCUUUUUGGGCUCUCAGCUAGAGCCUGGUAAUGUAUGUAGGUUCAAGUGCUAUUGAUAAGUGUUAUAGGCAAGCACAUGCUGUUUUUGUAGCUACUGAUGUUUUCACCACGUAUUUAUAUUGGAGUACUGGCUUUAGCUCACUAAAGUUAGGUCUACCAAAAAUGGCAACAAGUCUGCUUUUCAAAUCCAUAUUAUAUGUUUUUCAGAGUUA